AUGGGCAUACUGUUCGGGAAUGGGAAGCCACAAGGGCCGCCAAUUGUGGCUUCCGACAAGGUCGUUCAAUUGAGCGAGCAUGACGAUACUGACGUUUACCGCUCCAUUGUUCUGAGCUUGAUGCUUCGUUUCGAUGACGUCCUAAACCCCGAGAAGUUGCACGGGGCCCUUGAAAAGCUCCUCAAUCGGGACGGGUGGAGGAGGAUAGGUAAACUCGAGUAUCACAUCCCCGAGCGAUACGACGAGAACCGCCCAUCGUUCGAGUACACCCAUGUUCAGCACGGCAUUCCGAUCUCGGAACACCCGCUGGGUUCACAGGUCCCGAAUGGCUUCACUGGCGACAGUCCAGCGAUCCUACCCAGCGCACUCCACCUCGUUCCAUUAAUGCGCGCGCCCAAUGCACCCAGGACGCUCAAGGAUUACCUCGAGUACGACAGGCCCCAAAUCCACCUCUACGUCAUCUCCUUCACCGAUGCUACUCUCGUCUCAUUCACCUUUCCGCAUACGCUUUGGGACGCCAUGGGUAUGGGAGAGUUCCUCACUGCCUGGACAGCUGUUUUGGCUGGUCGCGACCACGACGUGCGGCCCUUUCACAACUACGAUACGGACCCGCUCAAGGACAUGGGCCGGGAAUGCAAAGAAACGCACAAGCUGGCGGACCAACAGCUCUCGAUUCUGCAGCUGAUUGUUUUCGGACUCCGUCGCUGGUGGGACCAGAUGAUGUUCAAGGAAGAAGGCCGCAUUAUAUGCAUCCCCAAAUCCUACAUCCAGUCUCUCCGCGAAACUGCCCUAGGCGAGCUCAAAGCGGGGCCUUCAUUGCGCAAUGAUGGUGGUAGUGAGGAUGAGUUGUUCCUCAGCGACGGUGACCUGCUAAUGUCCUGGAUCGGCCGGGUCGUGGUCAAGUACACGCCACUCAAUCCCGGCCAAACAGUAGUCCUAUAUAACGCCUUUGGUAUGCGGCCGCUAUUGGCAGAGGACGUUAUACCUUCGACCGCAGCGUACGUUGGGAACGCAGUAUCUGCUGUUUACACCCUACUACGGGCCGGCGACAUCUCGACCCGCCCGUUCGGCUUCGCGGCGACCGAAGCGAGGCGCAGCCUCACUGAGCAACGCACUCGCGAACAGCUCGAGGCAUUGACGGCAAUGACCAGGGAGAGUAUCCAGAAAACGGGAUACCCGCCUCUAUUCGGCGACGGGACCAUGCAACUAGUCAUUAUGACGAACUGGUCCAAGGCGAAGCUCUUCGAGAUGGAUUUCUCCCCCGCUGUUGUUUCGAAAGCCAACGCCUCGCCGCCUGAGGAAGGGGAAGAAACGAAGAAACGGGGUCCGGUUGGCAGGCCGAGCUUCAUACAGCCUUUCGGUGACUCUGACUACUCUGUGAGGUACGCAUUUCAAGUGUCUGGCAGGGAUGCGGAUGGCAAUUACUGGUUAUCUGCGAUGUUGAGGAAGAAAUCUUGGGCUCCGCUGGAGGAGGCCUUGAAGCGAGGGGAGAUGAUUUAG